AUGGAGAGCGAUACCGAACAUCGUUUCCUCGACACCUUACCCUACCCUGUGCUGGAGAAAAUUCUACGCGAAUUGAGACUCAAAGACCUCCUCAAGUUACUGCGAGUCUCCCGCGGGACGCGUAUCAGCGUCCGUGAAUUCCUGAUGAACGACUUCAAUGCCGACGCUGUGCUGUCACCGUUCAUCCUGGAUAUCGACUCUUUCCAGGCCGUGCAGGCGCGCACUCAGGCUGUCAUCGGGGGAUCAAUCCCACUCUCUUUCUUCAUCGGCGUGACCUGGCGGAGCUCGGACCUGGACGUCUACGUUCCUUCCCGAAACGCCCUUGAGAUGGGCAGCUAUCUAUUGGCCAAUGGCUACAACUUCAUCCCAGGCGCGGCGGGAGACACUUUGGAGGAGAGCUUGCGGGAUGUGGAAUCCUCAGACGAGGAGGCGAGCGAUGACGAAGAGGAAGAUGAAGAGUACUACCCAGGCCCUUUUCAAGUGGUGCUCAACUUCGAGGCCUCCUUCGACGCCGCCAUCCGUAUCCAGCUCAUAGCAACGACGGGAUCUACGUUCGAAUGUUUUAUGAACUAUCACAGCACUGUGGUCCUCAACAUGCUGACCAGCAGUCGAGCCAUCAGCUUGUACCCCUAUGAGACGAUGAAGGGGAGAGGGCUGCGCCUCAGGACCACGACACCGGCCACAACGGCGCACAGCAAGUACGCGGCGCGGGGCUUCCAAAUGCACGAUGGCGUGCGGGAGGUCGAGCUCCACGGAUUUGCGAGAGGCUAUCGCUACGUCGGCGACGAUCUUUGCGCGGUCGUGCAGCUUUCCGGUUCCAGUCACGAUGAUGGCGACAUACUCACUAACAACUCUUGGACGCUUCGAAGUGUGCCCGGCCCGACGUGGGGUCGUGGUCCGACCGCGCGGCUCAAGUGGUUCACCAGACGCCUGCCGGGUUCCAUCGUGUACCGCACCGUUCCUUCAGAGGAGUUCUGGUCUUGGCUCCGACGGGUUUGCGUCGAAGGAGAUGAUGACCUGGAAAGGCGAGCAUGCGCUUACCUCUGCAGGAUCUUUGACCGCAGACGUCUCAAAUGCGUCCGUCAUCAACUUCAGGACGCGGUCGACCGCCUUCAAGGCACCCCCAUCCGCCCACAUCCGCUUAAAGACAUCUUGAAGACACUUCCGGGGACAUGCAGUCCCGACCAUGCCGCGGCGCUGGAGGAAAGCAUAGUGGAGGUCCGGAUGGGCAACGCUGAGCUCGAGGCAAAGAUGCGGCAGGUGCGGGACGCCCUUGCAUCCCGCCAGCAGUGA